CGCUUGUCUUUAAUAAUUCUAGUUUUUCUCUUUCUUUCUACCAUUGGGGAGGCGAUUUUAUCAAAAACACAAAAAUUAAACAAAGUUUAUUUUUUAUUUUUUAAUUAAUUUAAUUUCUUCCUCUUUUUUGGUUCUCAUGGCAGAACUUAAGAAAUGGAGAUGAUGAAGAAAGCUUUGUUCUACUCUCUUCAUUGCUCUUAGUGGAAGUUUGAGUUGAAGGUUCAAAGAUUAGAUCUGUGAAGUUGUACGCAUGGCUUCUUUUUCUUUCUUUCUCUGUGAAUUGCUAGAUUUCUAGCAAAUGAAAGCAUGUGCUGUGGACCAGAGCGGUUGAAACUGACACUGUCUCGGACACCAUCUUUUAUUUCCUUUGACAAAAAUACACACACCAACAUGGACAUGAAUCACUUGACAGUUGAGACUGAUGAUACUUUUGCGAGCUUGCUUGAGCUUGCUGCUAACAAUGACUUUGAGGGCUUCAGAAGGUCUAUUGAGCGUGAUCCAUCGGGUAUUGAUGAGAAUGGAUUAUGGUAUGGUAGACAGAAGGGCUCAAAGCAGAUGGUUAAUGAGCAGAGAACCCCUUUAAUGGUUGCUGCUACAUAUGGUAGUAUUGAUAUAAUAAGAUUGAUUCUUUCCCAAUCGGAUGCUGAUGUAAAUCGAGCUUGUGGCAAUGAUAACAGCACUGCCCUUCAUUGUGCUGCCUCAGGCGGGGCUUUAAAUGCUGUUGAUGUUGUGAAACUGCUUUUAGCUGCUGGUGCUGAUCCCAAUUUGGUAGAUGCAAAUGGUCAUCGUCCUGUUGACAUUAUUGUUGUUCCUCCUAAGCCGCAGGAUGUGAGAUUGACUCUUGAAGAACUCCUUGCAACUGAUGGUUCUAUGGUUCAGCGCAAUCUUAGGGUUUCAACUGCUACAUCUAAUUCAAAUUCACCACCUCUUUCACCUUCUUUUGAAAAUGGGUCCCCAACAUUUGCUUCGGAUUCCCCUAGGAAGUCUAAGUUAAAUGAUGCUCCUAUUUCUUAUGCAUUAGAGAAGAAAGAAUAUCCUAUUGACCCGUCUCUCCCAGACAUCAAAAACAGCAUAUAUUCCACUGAUGAAUUCAGGAUGUACUCAUUCAAGGUGCGGCCUUGUUCACGUGCCUAUUCACAUGAUUGGACUGAGUGCCCAUUUGUGCACCCAGGGGAAAAUGCUCGAAGAAGGGAUCCAAGAAAGUUUCAUUACAGUUGUGUUCCUUGUCCUGAUUUCAGAAAGGGGGCUUGUAGACGUGGAGAUAUGUGUGAGUAUGCUCAUGGUGUUUUUGAGUGUUGGCUCCACCCAGCUCAAUAUCGAACCCGGCUUUGCAAGGAUGGUACAAAUUGUGCUAGAAGAGUCUGCUUCUUUGCACACACUCCUGAGGAACUCCGACCAUUGUAUGUGUCUACAGGUUCGGCUGUCCCUUCUCCUCGCUCAAGUACCUCUGGUGCUACUGGCAUGGAUUUUGCUGCUGCAUUGAGCCUUUUGCCUGGCUCUCCGUCAUCAGUGUCUGUCAUGUCUCCUUCACCUUUCACUCCACCAAUGUCUCCAUCUGCUAAUGGAAUGUCUCACUCAAAUGUUGCUUGGUCCCAACCAAAUGUUCCGGCCCUGCAUCUCCCUGGAAGUAAUCUUCAAACCAGUCGCUUGAGAUCUUCUCUGAAUGCAAGAGACAUUCCUGCAGAAGAUUUUAAUAUGCUCCCAGAUUUUGAUCAGCAGCAGCUCAUUAAUGAGUUAUCCAGCCUCUCACAACCAUCUCCGAGUUCUAAUUCCUUGAACCGUUCUGGCCGGUUGAAAGUUCUAACUCCAUCAAAUCUUGAUGACCUCUUUUCUGCUGAGAGCUCAUCUCCUCGUUACCCUGAUCAAGCUCUGGCUUCUGCUGUUUUCUCGCCAAAACAUAAAUCUGCAGUUCUCAAUCAAUUCCAGCAGCAGCAGAGCAUGUUAUCGCCUAUCAACACAAAUUUCUCUCCUAAGAAUGUUGAUCACCCUCUAUUGCAGGCCUCUUUUGGUGUGCCAUCAUCUGGAAGGAUGUCUCCUCGGAAUAUGGAGCCUAUAUCUCCAUUGAGCUCUCGAAUGUCAUUGUUAGCCCAACGUGAGAAGCAGCAACAGUUACGUAGUCUUAGUUCUCGAGAACUUGGUUCCAACUCCACUGCAGCUGUUGGUUCUCCCAUAAAUUCUUGGUCAAAAUGGGUUUCUUCCAAUGGGAAGCCAGAUUGGGCCGUAACUACAGAUGAAUUGGGUAAGCACAGGAGAUCUUCUUCAUUUGAGUUUGGCAAUGGAGAAGAACCUGAUUUGUCAUGGGUUCAAUCACUUGUUAAAGAGUCUCCAACCGAGAUGAAAGAACAGCUGGCAACACCUGUCUCGGGUGUGCCAGCUGCCCCUUCUUCAAGUGACGGUUCGAAUAUGAAUCUUCAAAUUGAAUCAGUUGAUUAUGCUGUUUUGGGAGCAUGGCUUGACCAAAUUCAGCUUGACCAACUUGUGGCUCAGCAAAAUUGAAACCCUUUUUUACUGGGCCCUGAGACAGUGAACAAGAAACUUUUUUGGUAAAUAAUGUGUCUUUUUUUUGGGUCGAUGUCAAAGGCGGAUGUGUAAGAUUUACAGAAACAGAAACAAGGAAGUUGGGGGAAGAAAGUAGAUCGAAAAGGGAAAUUUAGUUUCAUCAUUUAUUAUUAUGACAGAAGCUAGAAAAAAAGGUGAUGAGAAACCUCUGGGUUUUACUCACAAGACUAAAGGCCUAGGCUAGUUGAGUUUUUUUAUUAUAAUCUUAAAUAUCUUCAAAUCGAAAUUCCUAUUAUUUUCAAUAUUUUUUUCCUUCUAAAAAUGAGCAACAUGUUAAUGUACAAUGAAAACUAAAAGCUCAAAGUUUGGUUUGUCAUUCCUUUCUGCUAUAUUCAUGAUCAUCUUUGGAGAUUAGGAAGGAAGAUGCAAUUUCAAGAAGUGUUAGUUGGUCCAUUUUUUGGGGAUUACUAGAGGGGAAUUUGGUUUCUUUUGUAGUAGCUUGGAGUCAAUAAUUGUUGGGGGAAGAGAGCAAACUAAUGAUCCUUUUGUAAUGAUGUAACAUUAAACUAUGUUAUAUUGGUAUUAUUAUUGUUGUUAUCGUUUUAAUAAAGUCAGUUGCCUUGAGUAAUCAACAACAUUUCAUUCCA